GCUCCUGGCUCUGCCAGCUCCACCCACAAGGCCUGGUCUAUAUCUACUGUGCCAAGUAGGGUGCACCCACUGGCCCUGUCCUCAGGACAACCAGCUGGGUGUGUUCUCACAGGAGACACAGCACAAGACUGGGAAAUAUGGUUGCAAAGCUGCUCCAUUCCCGACUUUGCCUCCUGCUGCUUCUGGGGCUCCUGGGAAUAGUGCCCUUGUUGCAGGCCGUGCCACCUGGCUUAACUAAGUAUCAGUGGUUUACUAUCCAGCACAUUAAUACCGGGAACAUCCAGUGUAAUAUUGCAAUGCAGGGAGUUAACAACUAUACAGGAAAGUGCAAAGAGUUUAAUACUUUUCUUAAUACAACCUCUGCUAAUGCUGCUACUGUUUGUGGCACACAAAAUGUAACCUGCCGUAACCAAAUGCACCACAACUGUCAUAAUAGUUUAGUUCGAGUACCUCUAACCGACUGUGACCUCACAAGAAAUGCAUCGUAUUAUGAAAACUGCAUAUACAGUGAGAGGCGGGCAACGAAGUACUACAGAAUUGCUUGUGAUCCACGAUCUCCUCAGGACAAUGUCACAUUUCCAGUGGUUCCAGUUCACUUGGAUGAGACAUUUACUCUCUUCUAACAGCAUCUCCUGCCAUUGCUCAUCUGCCAGCUCCACCAUCAGACCGAAGACCCAAUCCCUGCGUCCACCUGGCCUGUCAGCCCCUGUCCUCAUCAAACCAGUACCUGACCUUCUUCAAGCUUAGCUCAGCUGAAGCAGCCUGUGGCCCUUGUAAUAAACAUCUUUGCAGAAUCUUGUA